AUGAUCAAUGUUAAAGUUAUAGUAAUUGGUAUAUUAUUAUCUAUUUAUUAUUAUUAUGUAUUUAAUCAUUAUGGUAAAAGUAGAACAAGUAUAGCACCCAACUCAUCACCAUUCAUUUGUAAUUCAACAUUAAAAGGACAUCCAAAAUUAGCUUCCAAUUCAUAUCUUGAAUCUAAAUUACCAUAUAAAGAUACUACUCAAAUAGGUAAAGAAAAUGCUACAAUGGUGAUGCUAACUAGAAAUUUUGAACUCGUGGGUGCUUUAUCAUCAAUGAGAUCAUUAGAAGAUCGAUUCAAUAGACAUUAUAAAUAUCCAUGGGUUUUCCUAAAUGAAGAGCCGUUUGAUGAUGAUUUCAUAGAACAAACUACGUUAAUGGCUUCUGGUAAAACAUAUUAUGAAUUAGUACCAAGAGAAGAUUGGGAUCCUCCAUCACAUAUAAACCAAACCAAAUUGGAAGAAAAUUUGAACAAAUCACGAGAGUCAGUCAUUUAUGGAGGUUAUAAAUCAUACCGAAAUAUGUGUCAUUUCAAUUCGGGAUUUUUUUAUAAACAAAAGAGAUUAUUAAAUUAUGAUUGGUAUUUUAGAGUUGAACCCGAUGUGGAAUACAUGUGUGAUUUUCAAUAUGAUCCAUUUGAAUUACUUCGUACUAAAAAUAAAAUGUAUGGAUUUAUUAUAACGUUCUUGGAAUAUGAGAAUACAAUACCUACAUUAUGGCAAACUGUUGAAUCAUUCAUGAAGGAAUACCCACAAUUGAUACAUCCAAACAAUUCAAUUGAUUUUUUAACCACUAAUGAAACAUCACUCAAUCAUUUCAUUGAAUUAUUUCCAAGCAAUUCAAGCUAUAAUCUAUGUCAUUUUUGGUCAAAUUUUGAAAUUGGGAACUUGAAUUUUUUUAGAUCUGAAGAGUAUAACACUUUUUUCAAUUAUUUAGAUAAAGCUGGUGGGUUUUAUUAUGAAAGAUGGGGUGAUGCUCCUGUUCAUACUAUUGCUCUUGCUUUAUUAAUGGACAAGAAUCAAAUACAUCAUUUUGAAGAUAUUGGCUAUUAUCAUGCACCCUAUUUAAGUUGUCCAUCAAGUCAACAACUAAGAGCACAAAAGAGAUGUGAAUGUAAACCAAGAUUAAGAAUUAAGGAUUUUAAUAAAACUGUUGAUGUUAAUGUGUUUUCAUGUUUACCUAGAUGGUGGAAAUAUGGAAGUGGGAAAACUUUUUUAAAUGAUAUUGAUUACAAGAUACAGUAA